UAUCGUUGAGCAUCUUCUUUUACUGCACGUAUUGCCAUUUUCAACUUGUUCUCGGAAAUGAUGUCGAUAGCUGUAAAAGUCUACGCUUGGGACAAUAUCUUUUUACAUUGAAUUUUUAGCAAAUCACGACAAUGAUGACAGGGUUUUUAUUCAAGUUCGCUAGCUAACGUUAUCUGUCUAGCUCUAUCUGUUAACAUGAUUUUGCUUGGAUAGCUGACUACAUAAGCCUGCAUAGUGUGUACUUUUGGGAAACAAUAUAGCUAYCUAAUCAAAUUGUGAAACGGUCUCGGAUCUGAACAUUAACAUGCAUCGCUUGCGGUACGGUUUUGGAAGCAUACGCGGAUCUUUAAUACCAGGGGAAAAUAAAAAAGUUUAAAUUGAUACACAUCUUUAACAGGGUUAGUGUACUGUUCUGUUCCCACAAGGCCAUAUCUCCACGUUACAGCGAGAGAGAYAAAAACAUAUGUAAUAAAGCAUUGCAUGCAUCUAUAAUCACAUUGACGUAGUGGCAUACAGUUGAGCAGAUACUUAUUUAGGAUUUCCAUUAUUAUUAUUUUGCAUGAUCUGGAAAAACAUUGGCAUUACAUAAAAACAAAUGUCAUGCAGUUCUACGUCAUUUACAUGAUAGAAGACAUGAGCAGAAUUUAUUUUUAUACCACACAAAUUGCCAAAUGCAGGCUACUGUGCAACUUGCUAUUCAGUAUCUUUGCAAAGAACCCCGGAUAGAUGAUGCCACUCAAGAACCUGCGAACUGCAAGGACAUGAUAGCUUGGGUGGAAUGCCUACCUGCUCCGAAUGUCAGCUGCCGCUUGUCCAACGGGACAGAGUUUCGGUUCAGCGGAGAGGAAGUGGGCUUCAACCAGAGCAUCCCCUGCAGGAAUGUGAGCGGUUACUCCUACAAAAUAGCAGUGGCCUUGUCCCUCUUCCUGGGGUGGUUAGGAGCUGAUCGCUUCUACCUGGGAUACCCAGCUUUAGGGCUGCUCAAGUUCUGCACUGUGGGCUUCUGUGGGAUUGGGAGCUUGGUGGAUUUCAUGUUGAUCUCAAUGCAGAUAGUGGGUCCAUCGGAUAAGUCUGACUACAUAGUGGACCACUACGGUGCCAGACUCACACGCCUCUCCAUUACCAACGACACCUAUAGAAGAACCCAGAUCUCACCCUGAGGGUGUGUACACGAGUAUAGCAUGUUAGACACGCCGCACCGGGGUACACUAGUAGCAUGUUAGAGACAACAGGCUUUGGUGAGUCAUUCGUGGUGUAAUUGUGGAAACCCAGAACAAACAUGUCAUGUAACUGCAUCAGCUACCAUUUACAUGUUAUGAAUUCUGUCCACGAGAGAUCUCUUUAUAACAGUUUGCACGUCUUUUCAUCUAACGGUGUACAUACACUACAUAUCGAAAUGUAUGUGGACACUUGUUCGUCGAACAUCUCAUUCUAAAAUCAUGGGCAUUAAU